GCUGGAUCGCGGCCGGAUGUUCGUGUGGUCGACGGCGCAGGCCAAGAAGCUCCUCGUAGGGCCCGGGAAGCUGUUCAAGGAGGAGGAGGAGGAGGAGCAGGAAGGGCAGCCGCUGGAAGGAGGACAAGGAGGACAAGGAGGACAAGGAGUCAGCAGGAGGAAGACGGCAGCAAGGAGGCCAGCGCUGCCCGGCGACCUGGAGAGAGGAUGCGGGGAAGCAGAGCGCCGCGUGGGAGACACGGCGCUGAAGGAGGAAGGAGUGGACGAGGAGGAGGAGAAGGAGGAGGAGAAGGAGGAGGAGGAGAUGUGGGUGGGUGAGCGCCUGCUGGAUCUCGGAGCUGGGGAUGGUCACGUGACACAGGUCCUGGCAGCGGGCUCCGUACAGGUCGAUGUGACAGAAGCAUCGCCCGUCAUGAGGAAGAGGCUGCGGGACAAGGGCUACAGAGUGCUCGACGUCAGGAGUUGGAUGGAGGAAACGGGGGACCUGGAGUAUGACGUCAUCACUUGUCUCAACCUCCUGGACCGCUGCGACACGCCCAAGACUCUCCUGAAGGACAUCUACCGAAAGCUCAGACCCGACGGCACGCUGGUGGUGGCUCUGGUCCUGCCCUUCAGCCCCUAUGUGGAGUAUGGUGCUGCAGACAAUUUACCCUCCGAGGAACUUGGAAUCACCGGCUCAACAAUAGAAGAACAAGUGAACAGCCUCGCAAAUGAAGUGUUCCCUGGCCUCGGCUUCCAACUGGACAGAUGGUCGCGCUUGCCAUACCUAUGUGAAGGGGAUCUAGACCAGGCUUUUUAUUGGCUGCCGGAUGUAGUUUUGAUCCUUAAAAAGAUGGAGAUCUCAGAGGAAAAUUUAUAUUCGCCUUCAAUGCAGGAACUAGCAAAAGAAGUCAACUUGAAGCUUGAUCUUUGAAGGCAUAACAUGGUAUAUAGUUAUACUAUCAGAUGUCCAUGAAAUAGAAGGCAUUUCAUGCACCUAGUAUAUGCAAUAGAAUAAAAAGUAAAAAAGAAGAAAAAAAAAA